AUGGCAUUGGACCUGGAUGCUAACGACAACUCUGACGAUGAUGGUAUCACUCAAACUGCUGCGACUCCGACUCCCAAACCUCGGUCUUUCAGCAAAAAGCCAGCGCCUCGUGUCCGACCAAACACCAAGGCCAAGCUCGCCACUUCUUUGGACAACUCAGCUGAUCUACUCAAGACCCAAGCUACUCAAGCAAUUCAACGCGAGAAAUUGAAAGCUGACGCCAUCGCUGCUCACGAUGCUGCGAAGGAACAGAUCCUAGUUACUGCCGCUCAAUUGGAUCGAGAGUCCCUUACCUUCAAAUUCACAGCUGUCCCUUCUCAAGACAAGGCCCUGGAGAUCUUCAACAAGUCCUGGCGAGAGCACUUUGACGACACCGCAGCUGCAACUGAAGCAAUCCUCCUGUUUGAACAGGAGGACAAGUGUCGAACUUUCAUUAAUUCCGAUCCCGAGUUGAGAUGGAGUUGGCUCGCGUUGAGCCUUGGGUAUAGAAUUGUACCCAAUGUCCAAGAUGGUGGUCAAGCUGCUUAA